AUGGAUGGUGCCAUGAAGCAACCAUCCGGUGGAAUUCAACUUGACAACUUCUACGCGUUUUCAACAUGGUGGUAUCAGAGCGAGGAAAAGGUGAAAAACAGAGCACCCAAGCCACCAACGCAGAAAUUAAAUCUAUCAAAACCACAUUUUGAUCGCAGAAGAAGAUCUGACGCGCCUGUCACGCGUCUUCUCCGGCGAAAAUCUGAUGUUGGCGACAUUCCGGCGAUUUUUGUGGCAGUCGAGCCGAGCCGAGCCGAGCCGUCAACCGCCUGUCAACCCAAGACGAGCCAAUCAACCAGAGCCAAGCCGAAAGAAAGACAAGAAGGCGUAGAUGACUUAAUCGAAGCCCAGAAGGUAGUGCUCAAAGAAGUCAGAAAGAAAGACAAGAAGGCGUUAUAUCUGCUUUAUCAAAGUGUCGAUGAAGCAAGUUUUGAGAAGAUCUCCACCGUCAACACCUCAAAGCAAGCAUGGGAAAUCCUUCGUAAGGCACAUCGAGGGAUUGAAAAAACAAUCAAAGUUCGACUCCAAGUUCUAAGUGGUGAAUUUGAAUUGCUACACAUGAAAGACAAUGAGUCAAUUUCUGUAUACUUCACUAAAACAUUGACUAUUGUUAAUCAGAUUAGAAGAUAUGGAGAUAAGAUUGGAGAUGUUCGUGUGCUCGAAAAGAUUAUGCGAUCUCUCAACUCAAAAUUUGAGCACGUUGUUAUUGCAAUUGAAGAAUCAAAGGAUCUUGAUGCAAUGAUAGUAGAUGAGCUAUUGGCCACAUUAGAAAUCCACAAACAGAGAAUCAAUAAAAAAGGUCACCUCAAGUUCCCUGGAUCAAGUUCUUCAAUCAAAGCUUACAACCAAUGA